AUGGAAAGCAAAAACUUUGCACAUGUUCAGAAUCUUUCGUCAACAACCAAUCAUUCAUUAGUCAGUAAUACGACAACAACAACUGCUCCAAAAUCUUUUGUUCUUUCACCUACAAUAAACACAACAGUCGAAACGCCAACGCGUCAGACUAUACAGACUUCAUCUCAAUUUGAAUCAACACCAGUUAAUUCCGAUAAUAAUAAUAUUAAUAAAGAAUCAAAUAUUCUUUUUAAUCAUCCCACAUUUACUAUCAAAGAAGAACAAUCGGACAAUAAUAGUUAUUUAGAGCCGGAAUAUAGUAUAAUAACAAAUCAAUUACCAAUAAAACAAUCGAAAAUAAGUAAUACUAUUCAAGGAACAGAAAGUAACACAAGAGGUCAUCUUAAUUCACGUGAAUCAAUACACGGUCUAGCAACUAAUUCAAUGUCAAUGGCUAAUAUUGAUGGUCAUCGUAUAUCAACUUUAAAUCAAACACAUAUAACAGACAAUGGUGGAUCCUAUUUUGUUUCAGGUUUACCAAGUGAUAUAGCAUCUAAUUAUAAAUUAGCACGAUCUUCCAAUUCUGAUCUUCCAUCUCCAUCAACCUCAUCAAAUUCUUCAAAUCCUUCAUCAUCAAAUCAUCAUCAUCAUCAACAUCAUCAAGGAAAACGACAUGAUGAUGGUGGUGCUGAUCCAACUCGAAAACGAGCAGUACGUUUACAAAAAAAUCGUGAUGCAGCACGUGAAUGUCGUCGUAAGAAAAAAGAAUAUAUAAAAUGUCUUGAAGAACGUGUAACUGGACUUGAAACUCAAAAUAAAGCUUUAAUCGAAGAAUUACGACAAUUAAAAGAAUUAUAUUGUCAACGAGAAGAAACUAAUAAUAAUAAAAUAUCAACCAGUACACGUUAA